GAGACGAGAGAUCGUCUAGGAACGGGAAAGGGAAAGAAGGGAAGGAAAGAAAAGGAAGAGAAGGGAGAGCUUUUUCGGUUUUUAACGACAUCCGAACGCCGCCGUCUCAGUGUCCAUCCGACUUGUGAUUCGACUGAGAGGAGGCAAAGAAGUCGUUAUUCAGGAUUCAAAACGCCUUUCUUCCUCCGCCAGAUUGCGCCAGACAGUGAUCCUCAGGAUCGAGUCGAGGACGUGCCAUUUUACGAUUGCCUUUAAUAGUCCGAUUGAGAGCCGGAUUAGUAAUUUCAUUGUGAAUCAAAUUAUAACAAUGCCGAAAUCGCGAUAAAUAUCCUGCGGAACUUCUCAUGGGACACGUUUCUCAGCGAUUUGAGCGAAAAGAGCGACUUUGUGCAACGAUCUGAUUGAUAGGACGAUAACUGAUCGAAUUGAUUACUGAUAAUCGUGAGAGACCUGACGGCACAAAUCGGCGAGGAGGAAGACAUUCUCGAAGAGUCUCGAAGUCUUGAUGUAACUAUAACUUCUACCGGUAAGAGGGGACUACAGUGACUACGCCACGUCGACUGUCGAAGUGAAGGAAAUGCAAACUCGCGCGCAGCCGGCUCGCAAUAAACCCCUCACACCUUGUAUACAGAGAUACGCUGGUCGCCAAGUGUCCAAUGCUCUCCCCAUAAGUAAACCCAGUCCUGACAUAUAACGUUCCUCCACAAGUGCAGCCCUUUUCUUCUUUUUAAUUCUUGCCGUCUCUGCGUCGCUUUGAUUAAGAUUAUGAGUUCCGAGUCGUGGACCUUGCCUCCGAAGCAAGGUCUGUAUGACCCUACCCUCGAACGAGAAGCUUGCGGCGUUGGUUUUAUCGUCGCCAUUGACGGGAAGAGGUCGCACAAGAUCGUUCGAGAUGCUCAGAUAUUGUCGGCGCGAAUGAAUCAUAGAGGGGCAUGCGCCUGUGAUAAUGAUACUGGUGACGGUGCUGGUGUGCUUUGCGCAAUACCACACGAUUAUUAUGCCAAUGAAAUUCGCCAACAACAAAAGAUCGAACUGCCCGAGUUCGGACAAUAUGCAACCGGUAUCUUGUUCCUUGACAAGAAGACUCAUAAAGAAGCAGAAACCGCAUUUGAGAAGUUAGCUAAGGAGUGCAAUUUAAAAGUGCUGUGUUGGCGUAAUGUCCCCACCGAUAGCUCCCAGAUUGGUCAAGUGGCGAAGAAAUGCGAACCGUACAUGCGUCAAGUAUUCGUUACUGGCGAUCAAGAUGCGGAAACACUUAAGCGACAGAUUUUCGUGCUGAGGAAGAGAUCAUCGCAUUCAAUUCCGCGGCCAGAAUUGCGAUAUUACAUUUGCUCAUUGUCAUUGAAAACAGUCGUUUACAAAGGUCAGCUCACCGCUGAUCAGUUAUGGCUUUAUUUCACGGAUUUGAAGUCUCCGAAAUUCGAAACCUAUCUGGCACUGGUACACACACGGUUCUCCACAAACACUUUUCCGAGUUGGGAAAGAGCGCAUCCUUUACGCUUGCUUGCUCACAACGGCGAAAUUAAUACCCUGCGCGGCAAUGUGAACUUUAUGAAGGCGCGAGAAGGUGUGAUGAGCAGUCAAAUAUACGGUGAUCAACUAAAACUGCUCUAUCCAGUCGUAGAACCAAAUCUCUCUGACUCUGGAUCAGCGGACUGUGUACUCGAGUUCUUGGUGAUGGCGGGACAACGUUCUUUGCCCGAGGCUGUCAUGACAAUGGUACCAGAGGCUUGGCAGAAUGACUUAACGAUGGCCACUGAAAAGCGGGACUUCUACCAUUGGGCGGCGUGUGCCAUGGAACCCUGGGACGGUCCAGCUCUUCUGACCUUCACCGACGGUCGCUACGUCGGUGCUAUCUUGGACAGAAACGGCCUGCGCCCAUCGCGCUUCUACGUCACUAAGGAUAACAUGAUGGUGAUGGCGUCCGAAGUGGGCGUCUAUGAUACUCCGCCCAGCAAUGUAGUCCUGAAGAGUCGCUUGAAGCCUGGCCGGAUGCUUCUCGUUGAUACCGAAGAGAAGAGGAUCAUACAGGACGUCGAACUGAAGUUGCAAAUCGCUCGAAGAAGGCCUCAUUCCAAAUGGCUCAAGGAACAGAGGAUUACUAUGGAUGAAUUGCGUGCCGCACAUGUUUACAAUAGCAAUGCAGGGGACAUAAUCGAAAAUAGUCUAUCUGUCGAAAAAAAGAACGCUAUCAACGGCGUAAAUGAGAUUUCAGCCGUGAAUAAAGUUUGGAGCGGCGACAAACGGCUCUCUCUUUAUGGUUAUACUCUGGAGACUAUCAAUUUACUACUUCUACCUAUGGUGCAAACUAAGAAAGAAGCGUUAGGAUCUAUGGGUAAUGACGCUCCCUUAGCGUGUUUAUCGGAAUUUCAACCGUUAUUAUACGAAUACUUUAAGCAAUUAUUUGCGCAGGUAACAAAUCCACCGAUCGAUCCAUUCCGUGAAAAGAUCGUAAUGUCGAUGCUCUGCCCAAUUGGGCCUGAGAGUAACAUUCUGGAGCCGAACGAACUGCAAGUACAUCGUCUAUUCUUGCCUCAACCGAUAUUGUCUUUAAGUGAUCUUGAGGUUCUCAAGUACACGACUCAUCGUAAUUGGAGAACAAAAGUGAUCGAUAUAACUUACCCUCUUGAAGAUGGGCCUGGUGGUUUGUUGAAGACGCUGGAUCGCGUUAAUAAUGAGGCUAAUGCGGCUGCUAGGGAUGGUUAUCAAUUGCUCGUGUUGUCUGAUCGACGAAGUGGUCCAACAAGGAUUCCGGUAAGUAGCCUAUUGGCAUUAGGUGCUGUUCAUCAUCAUUUGAUCGAAGAGAGACAACGAAUGAAAGUCGGUCUCAUAUUGGAAACCGCCGAGGCUCGAGAGGUGCAUCAUAUUUGUGUGUUACUUGGAUACGGAGCAGAUGCUAUAUGUCCUUACUUAGUAUUUGAGAUGGCAAAAAACCUAAGAGCAGAUCACGUUUUCGAUGAAACCUUUACCGACGAUAUUAUUUAUAAGAAUUACGCAGAUGCUAUGGAACGAGGAAUCGCGAAAGUGAUGGCCAAGAUGGGAAUCUCGACUUUACAAUCUUACAAAGGAGCGCAGAUAUUCGAAGCAGUUGGAUUGGCCGACGAAGUCAUCGAUAAAUGCUUUAAGGGUACUCAUUCUCGUAUUGGUGGUGUGACAUUCGAUAUUUUGGGCAAAGAAGCAUUCCAGCGACAUCAAAUAACGUACUGGGACAAACCGAUGGAUUUGCUGGUCAUUCGCAAUCCAGGAAUUUAUCAUUGGCGAUCCGGCGGCGAGAAACAUAUUAAUGAUCCUGCUAGCAUCGCUAGUUUACAGGAAUAUGUUGUCUCUAAAAACAACUCUGCUUAUGAGAAUUAUCGCAAAACUACGAUGGAAGUAGUAAAAGCUUGCACUUUGCGUGGCCAACUUCAACUGAAAAAGUCGCGCGAUCCGAUUCCCAUUACGGACGUGGAAUCCGCAUCAGAAAUUGUGAAACGCUUCGCGACCGGCGCGAUGAGUUUUGGUAGUAUUUCCAUGGAAUCUCAUACUACCCUGGCAAUUGCUAUGAAUCGCAUCGGCGGCAAGUCGAACACCGGCGAAGGUGGUGAAAACGCAGACAGAUAUCUGAAUCAAGACCCGGAAUUUAGCAAGCGUUCGUCUAUCAAGCAAGUAGCAAGUGGACGCUUUGGCGUUACUGCCAGUUACCUGGCAAAUGCAGACGACUUGCAGAUCAAGAUGGCACAAGGCGCGAAACCUGGUGAGGGCGGCGAGCUUCCCGGUUAUAAAGUCACCGCAGAAAUUGCUGCCACUAGGCAUUCGGUACCCGGAGUCGGUUUGAUCUCGCCGCCACCACAUCAUGACAUCUAUUCGAUCGAAGACUUGGCCGAGUUAAUUUAUGAUCUUAAAUGCGCCAAUCCAAACGCCCGUAUUUCUGUCAAACUCGUAUCUGAAGUCGGAGUGGGUGUCGUCGCUGCUGGCGUCGCCAAGGGUAAAGCCGAACACGUGGUGAUAUCUGGCCACGACGGCGGCACUGGCGCCAGCAGCUGGACCGGCAUUAAGUCCGCCGGAUUGCCCUGGGAAUUAGGCAUUGCCGAGACGCAUCAGGUGCUGACCCUAAACAAUCUGAGAUCGCGCAUGAUUGUGCAGGCGGAUGGCCAACUGCGUACAGGUUUCGACAUCGUGGUGGCUGCGCUGCUUGGUGCAGACGAAUUUGGUUUCAGCACCGCUCCAUUGAUCGCAAUGGGCUGCACAAUGAUGAGAAAAUGCCACUUGAACACUUGCCCAGUGGGCAUCGCCACGCAAGAUCCAAUAUUGCGAAAGAAAUUCGAGGGCAAGCCAGAACAUGUGAUUAAUUUCUUCUUCGCAUUGGCUGAAGAAGUACGUUCGCAUAUGGCGAACUUGGGCAUCCGCAAAUUUCAAGAUCUAAUUGGACGCACAGAUCUUCUUAAAGUACGUGAUGACAUCUCUGUUGAGAAAGCUAAGACUCUGAAUCUUAGCAACGUUCUGCGAAGCGCAUUGGAUUUACGACCUGGCGUGAAUAUCAAGGGUGGCACUGUAAAACAAGAUUUCCAGCUGGAGAACAGACUUGACAAUAAAUUAAUUGAACUAGCCGAGCCUGUUUUGAACGGGAUACACAAUCGAGUCAAUAUCGAAAUGAACAUCAACAACGAAUGUAGGGCAUUCGGUUCGACACUGAGUUAUCAUAUAGCUAAACGAUUUGGAGAAGCUGGAUUGCCCGAGCAUAGCAUUAAUAUCAAGAUGAAAGGCUCUGCGGGUCAAAGUUUCUGCGCUUUUAUGACAAAGGGUAUUCAUGUUACUCUCGAAGGCGAUGCUAACGAUUAUGUCGGCAAAGGUCUCUGCGGAGGUGAAAUCGUCAUAUAUCCGCCAAAAGAUUCAGAAUUCAACUCGGAGGCGAAUGUAAUCGUCGGAAAUGUUUGUCUUUACGGAGCUACUUCCGGAAAGGCCUAUUUCCGUGGUAUCGCUGCUGAGAGAUUCAGUGUACGUAAUAGUGGAGCGAUUGUCGUAGUGGAGGGUGUGGGUGAUCACGGUUGCGAGUAUAUGACUGGCGGUUGCGCUUUGAUUUUGGGUCUUACCGGCAGAAAUUUCGCGGCUGGAAUGUCCGGUGGAAUCGCGUAUGUUUUGGACGUCGAUGGUUCUUUUAAGAGUAAGUGCAAUCCCGAAAUGGUGGAGUUACUACCGCUCAACAAACCAGAAGAAAUCGCCUAUGUGAAACAACUAUUGGAGGAAUUCAUAGAAAAGACCGGCUCAUUGAUCGCACAAGACUUGCUCGCCACAUGGCCAGAACCGACCACAAGAUUCGUCAAGGUCUUCCCUUACGAGUAUCAGCGGGCCCUCAAACAGCUGGAAGAGGAAAAACAACAAAUUCCCAAUAUCAUUAACGGUAAUGCGCAAAUAACAAACGGAAAGGUCAAAGAUAUAGAAGAUUCAAUAGAGGACGCGGAGAUGGCACAGCGAAAGUUGGACAAAAUCAAGGGCUUCAUGAAGUAUUCAAGACAGAAGAUCAUGUAUAGACCUGCUGAGAAGCGUAUAAAUGACUGGGAUGAGAUAUAUAACUUCCAGGGUGUCAGAAAGACUCUGCGAGUGCAAGCUGCACGAUGCAUGGAAUGUGGUGUUCCAUUUUGUCAGAGCAGUCAUGGUUGCCCAUUGGGCAACAUCAUUCCUAAGUGGAACGAUCUCGUAUUCCACCAAAACUGGAAGGAGGCUUUGAAUCAACUAUUGCAAACUAAUAAUUUCCCUGAGUUUACUGGAAGAGUCUGCCCCGCACCUUGCGAGGGUGCAUGCGUUCUAGGAAUUUCCGAACCACCUGUGACAAUCAAGAAUAUUGAGUGCGCCAUAAUUGAUCAUGCGUUCGAACAAGGUUGGGUCGUACCUCAUCCACCAACAAGAAGAACCGGACGAUUAAUUGCUGUAAUCGGAUCUGGUCCUGCGGGAUUGGCAGCCGCCCAUCAAUUGAAUAAAGCAGGUCAUACAGUGACUGUAUUUGAAAGAAAUGACAGAAUCGGUGGAUUGUUGCAAUAUGGUAUACCGACGAUGAAGUUGUCUAAACAGGUUGUACAAAGAAGAAUCUCUUUGCUCGCCGCUGAAGGAAUCAUCUUCAGAACGAAUGUCGAUGUAGGAAAGAACAUUACAAUGCAGGAACUUCAGGAACAAUACGACGCAAUUAUGUUAUGUACAGGCGCGACAUGGCCUCGUGAUUUGCCGAUUCCAGGUAGACAGUUGGAGGGAAUACAUUUUGCAGUAAGUUUUCUAGAGCACUGGCAAAAGAAACAAAUGGGUAACGCAGCAUCCUUAGAUAUGCGGCUAAUAGCCAAAGACAAGAACGUUAUCAUCAUCGGAGGCGGGGACACUGGCUGCGAUUGUAUAGCAACCUCUCUACGUCAGGGUGCAAAGUCAAUUAUAACUUUUGAAAUCUUGCCCGAACCACCAGUCCAGAGGGGCAAAGAUAACCCGUGGCCUCAAUUUCCGCGAGUGUUCAAAGUCGAUUAUGGUCACGAGGAGGUAUCCCUGAAAUUCGGCCGAGAUCCGCGCAGAUACAGUACAGUGAGCAAGGAAUUCUUGGAUGACGGAAAGGGUAACGUGAGUGGCAUCAGGACGGCGACCGUAGAGUGGCGGAAAGACGAGAAUGGUCGAUGGAAAAUGGAAGAAGUACCAAAUUCAGAGAAAGUGUACAAAUGCGAUCUAGUAUUGCUCGCAAUGGGUUUCCUUGGACCCGAGAAGUACAUCGCUACGGAAGUGAACACCGAAUUGGAUGAAAGAGGAAACUAUAAGACUCCAGUCGGAAAAUAUUGUACUAGUUUACCCAAAAUAUAUGCGGCAGGCGAUUGCAGACGUGGACAGUCUCUAGUAGUGUGGGCAAUCGCAGAAGGUAGAUUGGCUGCAAAGGAAGUUGAUUUAGCCUUGAUGGGAGAAACCGGCCUUCCCGGAAGCGGUGGUGUCAUAAUCGGCGUUAGUGCUUAAGGACCUUCACGAUGGAUGUUGGUCUUCCAAUUAAAAGAAAAGAUCCACCGUGUACGCGUACCGCGAGGAAAGAGUCAUAUCGACUAUUAGAAGGCAAAGGAAGAGUCCUUGGAGAUCCAAGGAUGCGAAAAGUGCUCCAGGAUCCGAGAGUGCUCCAGGAUCCAAGGAUUCGAAAGUUUCACGAAUCCAAGAGAAAUAUAAGCCUAGAAUUGUAGGGUUCAGAAAGAAUCUGAAAGGAUGUAAACAUUCGGAAAUCCGCGAAUUCAAACUAUCAAUAAUGAUUCAUAGCUCCUAGAAUAUGGAGAUCAAAGAAUUGUCCUAGGACUAAAUGCUUUUAAAUUUUAAAGAAUUGAACAUCUAAAGAUCUUGAGAACCUAAAGAUGAGAAAAUUCGUAUGUUCGAAUUUUAUGUAACAUCUACAAAUUAGAUGUUAAGGUUCAAGAGUUCGAAUAUUCUAACAACGAGAAUAUUAAAAAAGCAAAUUUCGGCUUCCACAAAUAUAAAAAUUGAAGAAUUCGAAGAAUGAAAAAUUUCAAAAUAUGAAGAAAUAAAGGAUUAUAUUGAUAUAUAUGACAUCAACAUUACAAGAAUUCAAGAAUCUUUCAAAAAAUUUUAAGAAACAAAAAUUUAAAAAUAUGACAACUGUAUCCAAAAAAUUGAAAAAUUUUAUAUUUAAAAAAUUUUUUAAACAUACCUAACUUUAUGUGAUAAAAAUCUAAUAAUUUCAGAUAUAACUGCAAAUAAUUUGCAGAUGUAACAGUUCUAAAGAUUAAAAAAUUUAACAUUAGUCAAAUGGAAAAUAAGAAAUCUAAGAAAUUUUAGAAACUUUAAAUCACAAAUCUACAAUUAUUGCACAUUCAAAAAAUCUGUUAUAUUUAUGCUACGACAAACUGGCAAUUUCAGGAAUUAAAGAGCAUGAAAUUCGUAUUUGCAAAUCAAUUAGUGAUAAGCAAGCGAUUAGAAGCAUUCGAGGAUUUAAGGAUUGAAUGAUUCUCAAACCUCGAUCUAAGGAUGUGAUAAUCAAGUAAGAAACGAGAAACAAAGUAAGAUAAUUUUUGCGGCGCGAAUUUCUCCGGAUAACGGGAAAUAAAUGUAAUUUCUUCAUAACGUAGUGGAAUUGUCUAAGCAUCUCGUUCGUCCAAUUAGAAUUAAUCACACAUGAGAGAAUUAGAGCUUUGAGUAUACGGAAAGAUACUGAAGUGAGCUGAUAGCAGGAUCUGACAUAACUACACACAUGAAUUUAUAUUAGGCGAUACUUUGCCAACUAAAAUGUUCUUUUUAACAUGCAAUUGCAAAUCUAUUAUUUUAACAAUAAAAAUAAAGAGAGAUAUGUUUCAGUAAAAA